GAUGCCUGGAAAUAGCCAUGGCCGAUAUAACAAGUGUAUGCGCAAUUGGAACGAAUGAAAGCAGCGAGAACAACAUGAAGGGAGGAAAAGGAAUUUAGUCACGAAAACAAGCGACAUGGUGUAAUUUGCAGUAUCGUGCGAAGAAGCGGAUGAUACCGAAUGGGGGGCUUCGAAUGGCGGACAGGAAAUGAACUGGACAGAAGGCGAGAUUUAUGGGUUUUGAGUUGCCACUUCGAUGGCGCGAGAAGAAAACCAGACAUUGAAUACACCCUGGAAUCUCCUUUGAACUGUUAAAGUGACGAGAUGUCGCUGCGAUUCUCAUCUUUCGGCGCUGGACGAAGGAUGAUUCUGGUAGCAGCGAUCCUGGUGCUGAUCUGUGCUACUGUCGAUUGCAACGCUCGUGAAGGAGAUGCUUCAAAUGUGGAUCUCCUUCAAAGACUCUUAGAGUUGAAGCAGCGAAUACAGCGAGAACCCAGCAAGGCUCAUACUUCUCAUGCACCGUCUGCUAUUGCCCUGGAGAGCCUUUGGUGGAAAAAUCCCAGUCUAAAAGCUGGACUCAAAAGGCUUCACGCGCGAGAUGAAAUGCUUUCACAGCCAGACAACGAGGGAAAUGACAUCAGAUUAUAUCGUCAUGGGGUAGAAGACCCUAACUCAACAACAUUCAGGGAAAUCCGUGAAGCUGACAGCAUGGUCACUGAGCCCGACGAUCUUGUCAAACUGGAGGCUGAGGUCCGAGCGUUGCAGUCCAAGAUCAGGAUGCAAAGAGUGUUGAUCAACAAUUCUUCGAACGUUUCUGCAGCCGCCAAGAACAUUCCUGGAGAAUUCAGAUGGAUAGAAAACUGGGAACUUCAUGGGGAGAAACCCGUCAAUGCAAGCAAUGAGACUCUGGGCAUGUGGAUCUGGUGUAAGAAUUCGUCGGACUUUUCGAAGAUCUUCUGGCGCAACGGAAGUUUGAUGGGAGCUCCGGCCAUGAACGCUUCCCAGACGUUCCAGACGGUCAGAGGGUGUGUGUCAGUAGUGACGCCGGGAUGGAUGGACGUGGACGAGGAUACGAAAGGGGACACCAAGGAGGAAGAAAAAGUAGAGGAUGAAGAGAUGCAGGAGAUCAGGCAUCCGAGCUCUGUGGGUUGGAACAAGAAGCACUGGAAGGCUAGCGACUGGAUCACUUGGAGCAUGACAGGGCCGGUGAAGUGA